CCCCCCCCUCAUUCCAACUGCAUGAUGACACCACAUCCCACCAUCUCACUGGCUUCUCCUUUUUCUUUCCUUUUUUUUUCCCCCUCAAAAUUAUAUUUUGAAGACAACCAAAAGUAGAGCAUGUUCUGGGUGUGGUUGCAUUUGAUUUACCCAAUAGCCAAAGUGGGGGGAACCGCUAAAGGAGGAAGACAGAGCAUCUGCUGCUGAAACAAGCGGAGACCGAGGGCAGCAGAAUGAAGACCUCUGGAACCUUUACAGUCUUGUGUCUCUUAGCUUUGUCCUUGUCCCCAGCUGGCUGGUUUGCGUGGGUGGUCAAGGGACAAGAACUGGAAAGUGUAACUGGUGAUGUUCACACCAGCUCUCUCAUCAGUACCCCUGAUCAGUCUCACAGUGAAACUACAACAGCUUCAUCAGAUUGUCGUGAGGAGCAGUUCCCUUGCACUCGCCUGUACUCUGUUCACAAACCAGUAAAGCAGUGCAUCAGCUACCUCUGUGUUACCAGUGUGCGUCGCAUGUACGUUAUAAACAAGGAGGUGUGCUCUCGCAUGGUCUGCAAGGAGAAUGAGGUCAUGCAAGAUGAGAUCUGUCGCCAGCUGGCUGGCCUUCCUUCUCGACGUCUUCGCCGAUCUGGGCAACUCCCACAUCUCUCUUGCGAACAGCUCCUGGAGCAGCAGCGCAGGAGGCCUGAUGCUCUGUGAGCUACCAACAGUAGAAGAGAAAAAGAAGAGAGAGAAGAGAAAUCAUCACCCCUGCCUACAACCCAAGACAAGUCCUUCUUGCUUGUUGUGAUUCCCCCACCAUUUCCUUGCUUCUGUGCCUUCUCCCACAUCCUCUUCUUCAGGUGCUGUAGUGCACAGAGUCCCCUGUCUGUCAUGGUGGCUGCUGUUGUCUUUUAAAUCUGUUGCUGAGGAUGUGGGAUGCUCCCCUUUUCUCUCAAUUUCUGUUUGGCAGGCCAUGAUCUGCUCAUUUCCCAGAGGUCCUUAUAACUGUGUAUUGUCUCUGCAGAGAAACAUGAAUGGAGAUGAAGUGUCCUCUCCAAUGGCAGAAAUUCCCUAAACUGCGUCUCAUGUAGACGAGUGCAAGCCUUUAUGCAUGAGGCUUUAUGCCCUGGCCUAGGUUUCUUGCAUGGCACAAGUAUGAGUUCUGAUAUGCUUAGUCAGACUGUUCCUCUCCAGUCCCAGUCUCCAGCUACUGAGUUUACUCUGUGUCUGCUGGACUCAGAAAAGUGACAGGACUGUGAGAUGAGCUGACCUCCACCCAAGGCAAACCUCAUUGUCCCUGUAUGGCAGCAGAUGAUUUAUAACUACCUCUGGGAAGUUCUUCAUUUCAAGCCCACUGCCUCCCUCACAAAAAUACUACCAAAAGAAAGAAUUCUGGAUUUCAUAUGGCAUUAUGUUUUUCUCAAGAAGAUUAUGUUCUCAAGAAGAGAGAUCUUUCUCCUCUUCUCAUCUCUCCUCUUCUCUCCUCUCCUCUGUUCUUCCCUUUCCACUGAAGAAAACUCUUGAUACCCAUUUCAGCCAAGUUUCAGGAAGCAGGAAGUAUGGCUACAUCUGUUCCUAAGCCCAAGAGAGCCUGAAGAACAUGUGUGUCCUUAAAGAACUGGGAACUUGCUUCUUCUGGGGUGAAGGACAGGGCAAGAGGCAAUGAAUUAGCUCGUCCUGAUGACUUGUUUGAUCUGUCUAUAUCUACACUCUCCAGUUGCUGAGUCUGCUUUCAGUAUCUCCACUUGAGUUCCUACCUCCUGACCUGGUGUCUUCUACACAGAAAGGAGUCACAAACUGGAAUGAGAUGUGGUAGAGGAAUCAUUAUCUGAGAUCCUUGGAUUUUCCUGCAGGUUCUCUGUGUGUGCUGUAUUGUACAGAGCCAGGUGCUGGUGGGGAGGUGGACAUAUCCUCAGGUAUGAGCAGGCCAACCUUGGGAAAAUAAUUCACGCUGGUAGCAUUGGAUGUCUGUUGACUGCUAGAGAACUUCGCUUUCCAGCUGCACAGAAAACAUUUCCAGGUAUAUGGUCAAUGUUCAUUAUGAGGUUGGAUAGGGGGAGUGGGGAAGAGCUGUCUGAAGUGUCUUAAUCACACUUUGUGGGUUUUGGUAGCAUGACCAACUGUUCUGUAGAGCACCUGAGCUCAGCAUCUAUCUCACUGCAGCAGAAGAUCAGUGAGGAUCUCUGAGCACUGUUCCCAGCUCUAAUAGAAAGGUAGCUUGCUAAAGCAGAUAUUCACACUCAACAUAAUAUACUCUGCUACUAAACUGAGUACCAUUCAGCCUGGCAGGAACAAUGGUCUGCUGAACGGCCAGAGUAACGCAAUAUAAGGAACAAUUUGCUGUGCGGAGGUAGAAUUCUCAGAAAAUUGAGGAGAAAAAUGUUUCAUGUAAGAGCCUCUCCACAGUACUUGGAUUUCUGUUGUAUGCAGAUAGAAGCUGCAUUACAUCCUCCGUUUACAGAAGGACACCCUGCAGAGACAUGUUUGUUCUAUAUAAGGUCAAAAUUGGCUAAAUGGGCUAAAUCUUUAAAUGUUAAUCCAUUUUACAGGACAAAGAAUUCCAAGUUAUGCAGUGACUGCAUAUAUAUACAUACAAGCAUAGCCCUCCUACACAGAGGAUGUUGCUCCUCUUGCGUACUUAUUAUUAUACUUAUUAUUAAACUGAGUACACGUUUCUGUAGAGAGAAGGGCACCAAGUACUUUAUCUCAAAGCUAAUCAAGUAACUUGCAGUCACUGGUUUCUCUGCUGGGAUGCCUGUGAGGCCUCCUCCUCACAUCCUACCCCUCUUGGAAACAGGACUAGGGCAAGUCUCCACCCUGUAUUUAGAGUUGAAUAUAAGCUGAUAUAUGCAUAUAUAACUGCAUAACAUAGCUACUGUACAGAAUAUAGAAAUAUAACAUUCAUACAAUUUGGGGAAUAGAUAGAAAUCUUUCUAUUGCUUGCUUUCAGCGGGGAUAGGAAGAGGUGCUCCCCCCCCCCCCCCCCAGAGAACACUGUUUUAAUGCUAAAGUCCAUAUAAUACACACAAAACAUUAAAAGAAAGUUUAUUUUCUGUUGUUCUUGGCAAA